GAUUGGAGGAAAUGGUUUGAAAAAUACCACAGGUAUUGAGAAGAUGGAGAAGACUUUGAACAGAAUUCAUCCAGUUUCUGAUCCAGAAGCAACCUAUUUUCUACAGGUGUCAUGGGAGAAGGAUUUAGGCACUGGCUUUGAUUUACUUCUUAGUGAUUGUCAGUGUGCCUGGACUGGGACAGUGUUUGAAGCAGACAUUUCUAGGGAGGCUGCUGACAUAGAAAUGGACAGAGAAAAAUAUGUGGCAGAGCUGAGGAAAGCACUGAUAGCUGGAGAAGAGUCAGCUGGCAGAUACAACUUUGUGAUUUCAAGAGAUGAGCAGAGCAAGGCCUGUCACUUCUCCUAUGAAAGGAACCUGAAAGAUGGCUCUUUCAGACUUGGAUCUCUGAAGCUGCAGGAAGUCCCAAGGCCAGCAGAGGUGGUCAAGGAACUCCUUGGUUACUGCCUGGACAGGCUGGGAAAGCUGCAGGCCAAAACUGAGCAUCUGCAGAGAGAAAAUGAAAAGCUUCUCAGCAACUGUAGCGAUGCAGAGAAGAGGCUGGAAAAAUGCGUGGAAGCUAAAGAGGAGCUGGAGGCAGACCUUUAUAGCAAGUUUGUUUUGGUGCUGAAUGAAAAGAAGGCAAAGAUAAGAAGCUUGCAGAAGUUGUUGAGUGAAGCUAAAGAAUCUGCAGUGGAUGCCAAAUGCGCAAGGGAUAGUAUAGCUACUACUCAGAUGGUUAUAAAGAGGGAAAAGAACUAUGAUGCCAGCACUGAUGAGGAAAGUGAAAAUCCAGCAUGGGCCUCGUUGCCAUCAGCUCCAGAACGAAGGGAUUCCUCCCUCCUGGGCAGCCCAGACAUCGUGGACCCAGCUCCGAGGAGAAAACGAAGGCAGAGGACAGCAAAACCUGCAGGGGCAGGAGCUAAGGUGGCUGCUUACGAGGCAGAGCAGGAAAAGCCUGGCCCGGCCUCGCAGGCGACGUCGGGGCAGCGCUGCCCGGAUUGGGAUCUGGAAACCCUGGAAAACUCCUGUCAGCCAGAGGACCUCUUGGAGCACAUGUAGCCACCUGUGUGCUGGGAAGGGGGGCACUGGUGCUUCCCCCAGGGAGAAGCCAUAAACUAAAAUAGUUUUUUUAACAGAGCAGAGCCAAAAUCUUUGCUCUGAGGCUCUAAACCCUCCAGGGCCGCGCUUCUCCCGCCCUUGCAGACCCUCGGCCCUGCUGCACCUCCUCUGUGCGGGGCUAAAAGUUGAGUUUAGCCUCUGUGUAGACCUUUUAUCACCUGCAUGUGGGAAGGGAGAGCUCUGUGGAUGUGCUCUUGCAUCUUCCCAGCCUCUGAUGGUGCUCAGGAUUCACCAUUUCCCAUGAAGUGAUCCCACGGUUCUCAGCCUUUCCCAGCUCAGCCCAGACAUGGUCUGGAUAAAUCAGCUUUAUUUGAGGUGCAGAUGUGAUCUUGGAACGGUCUGUUCUGAGCCAAAGCAUACAAAGAGAUGUCCUUUUACUUGAGGGCACUAUGCAUUAUCAGGUAUUCCUGCUUUUGGGAGUAAAGUGCUACUGAAGUUGAUAUUAACUCUAUUUUAACAUUCCGUAGAAACCCACGGCGUUUAAAAUUGUGAUUUUUUUGAUACUUCAGCUUUUUUC